AUGAUUAUACCACCUUCCACUGUUGUGGUGGCAAGAGGACCGGAUGCUAGUGGGUCUCGAAAUAUAGCACCUAACCCACUAGGUUUUAAUGUCUGCCCUUGGAAGGUGAUGUAUCCUCUUGGUCGAGUGCCUCUAGAGUACCCAGUGGGUGGCCUAGGACGUGGUUUUUCGCAAAAUGAAAAGUGGUUGCGAGAACUGUUGGUAUCAUAUGAUAUGCCUCAUCAUUGGAGCUAUGCCAUACCCAACAGAUUUGUUUCGGCUGUAAGUCACCCAUCAUCAUGGCGAUCACUUUUUCGUUCUUCUCUGGAGUACAAGUUUCGAUUGCCCUUGCCUACAUGGUUGUGUGUAGUAAUGCACCGUAGUAAGCUUUCAAUCGAUUCUGUUAGUCCUCGUUUUUGGACUUUCAUCGCUUGUUUUAUCCUGUCAUGUCGUCGAGUUGGGGUUCCACCAUCCCUUGAGUUGUUUUAUGCUUGUUUUUUCUUUCGUCACGAUCAAGUGGCUUGGGAACUGCACAAACGGAAGUCAGCCAAUAACCUUUGCACUUCGCUUAGCCAUCUGAAGGGAUCAUGGGAGACAGAAUUCUUUUAUUUUCUUGCUCCACCUAGUGAGUUUAUGUCCGGAGGUAUUGCGGUUCCAGCUAACUGGAGUGAAGGUGUUACAGGAGAAUUUCAGGAUCCCGUGAUUGAGGGAGAAAUUGCUUUACAACCUGAUCGGCUUCUCUAG